GCCCGGGGUGAGCAGCAGGUCCUUGGCCCCGGGGAAGGGCAGAGGGGAGACAAAACCAGCCGGUCUGCUCCCCACUGGGCUCAGCACGUCCCCUAGAAUCCCCGGUCCUCUUUCCUGCACGCGAUCUUUCUGGAAAGGAAAACAAAACUUCUCCCAGAUGAAGGGGACCCACUUGUUCAUCGUGGGGAUCUACUUGCUGGCCUCCUGCAGGGCGGAGGAGGGGCUCAACUUCCCCAGUUAUGACGGCAAGGACCGGGUGGUCAGUCUCACGGAGAAGAACUUCAAGCAGAUUUUGAAGAAGUACGACUUGCUUUGCCUGUACUACCACGAGCCCGUGUCUGCAGACAAAGUCGCACAAAAGCAGUUUCAGAUGAAGGAGAUUGUGCUGGAGCUUGUUGCCCAGGUCCUGGAACAUAAAGAUAUAGGCUUCGUGAUGGUGGAUGCCAAGAAAGAAGCCAAGCUUGCCAAGAAACUGGGUUUUGAUGAAGAAGGAAGCCUGUAUGUUCUUAAAGGGGAUCGUACGAUUGAAUUUGAUGGCGAGUUUGCAGCGGACGUCUUGGUGGAAUUCCUCUUGGACCUAAUUGAAGACCCAGUGGAGGUCAUCAACAGCAAACUGGAAGUCCAAGCCUUUGAGCGCAUUGAAGACCAGAUCAAACUCAUCGGCUAUUUCAAGAGUGAGGACUCGGAAUACUACAAGGCUUUUGAAGAGGCAGCUGAACACUUCCAGCCUUAUAUCAAGUUCUUUGCUACCUUCGACAAAGGGGUGGCAAAGAAAUUGUCUUUGAAGAUGAAUGAGGUUGACUUCUACGAGCCGUUCAUGGAUGAGCCCAUCACCGUUCCUGACAAGCCUCACACCGAAGAGGAGCUGGUGGAGUUUGUGAAGGAGCAUCAAAGACCCACUCUGCGUCGCCUGCGCCCGGAAGACAUGUUCGAAACGUGGACACUCAAUGAGACUGGAAGGAGGAACACAAUAUGGACAGUGCUAAUCUCUCUGGAAGAUGAUUUGAACGGAAUCCACAUCGUGGCCUUUGCAGAAAGGAGUGACCCAGAUGGCUUCGAGUUCCUGGAGAUCUUGAAACAGGUGGCCCGGGACAACACGGACAACCCAGACCUGAGCAUCGUGUGGAUCGACCCAGAUGACUUUCCUCUGCUCAUCGCCUAUUGGGAAAAGACUUUCAAGAUUGACCUCUUCAAGCCACAGAUUGGGGUGGUGAACGUGACAGAUGCUGACAGUGUCUGGAUGGAGAUUUCAGAUGAUGAUGACCUGCCCACAGCUGAGGAAUUAGAGGACUGGAUUGAGGACGUGCUUUCAGGAAAGAUAAACACUGAAGAUGAUGACAAUGCAGAUGAAGAUGGAGAUGAUGACAAUGGUGAUGACAAUGAUAAUUCUGAUGAAGAGAAUAAUGAUGAUGAUGAUGAUGAUGAUGACGACGACGACGAUGAUGAUGAUGAUGGUGAUGACGAUGAUGAUGAAUAGCCCCAGCUCGAAGUGAUUUUGAUGGAAACAGAGUCACCGCUACCUGCCACUGGUCAGACAGGACAGGGUGGCAGCAAGGAGUCCUGGCUCAUGCCUGUCAAAUCCUUUCCCCUUCCCAAUGUCUGUCUUCCCAGCCCUUUCUCAUCAGAAGCUACACUAUCAGCAGAUGCCUUUCUAAACCCACUAGUCCCACUCAGCAAGGACAGUGGGGAAUUAUUCCCAUUCUGACUGUCUUGAUUGUCAAAAAAGCUUUUGUUCUUUGCCAGGCCAUCAGUGGGCAUGGCAGUGCCAUGGGUAGGCCAGUCUGGGGUACAAUCCCCAGCACUGCUACUCAAGUCUUCUUGUUGUCUUGGACCAUGACAGUAACAGAACUGGCAGUGAGCUGUUGAGCAGAACCCAAGAAAGACACACAAUUAAUCCACAUCACCCCCACAUCAAUUAGGGUUCCUUCUCCAGCCAACAGGAGACAAGCUUAUAAAUCAGCUUCUUUUGAUUCAAUUAUUAAACUUACUAUUUCAAGUGCAGCUUAGAUGCCACCAUUGGAUAGCCAUUGAGCAGCCCUGAAACACACAUAUAUUGAUGUCACCAUGGUUUCUGUCUAUCGGGAUACUGGGAUGGGGAGUUGAUUUGCUCUCUAAACUUCCCUCUAAGUGACAAGUCUCGCAAAUACACACAGGGGCAGGGGGAGCCAAAUGAUGAAAGGUUUUUAGCUUUUUCUGAAGGGUUCAGAUACCUGAUCAGCUCAGCUAGCUUUUUCCUCUGAGCUGGGGCCUGCACACCCCUUCCCUGUCACCGCUAGUGAACUUUUCUAUUUGGAGUAAGACUGAUUUAUCCAGAAGUCAAUUAACUCUCCACUUAUCAACACUCCCACAGCUGACCAGGACAACAAUAGAAUUCAUAAUGAUGCCUCGAGGCACUGAAAAAAAAGUCCCAAAAUGCCUUGGGAACUCUCUAAAGUUAUAUUGUGCUCAGUAGUCUUAGUGUUAAGUGUGCAUUAAUAUAAUGUUCUAAUUUAUUUUGUCAGUCCUUUAACACAUGGUGAGACACUACAAAUUCUUUGAAAAUAAGACAAUCCUUCAUGGGAUAGUAGUCAACUAACUCUACCAUUAAACUCAUAUUUUGAAAUUUUGAGACUAAUCUUGAAAAUCCUCUCUUGAUUUUUCUGAUCCUGUCAUUCUCUAGACUCCUGUCCUGUCUGCUUUCAUUUCUAGUCCUUCUUCUUCUUCUGCCGCCUGCUCUUUAAAUAUAUGUGUUUCACAGAAUCUCUCCACUCUACACAGACACAGCCCCUGAUUUAAGAUAAUUCAACUUAGAUCUUUAGACUUUUAUGAUGAUGUGAAAGCAUUCGGUGGAAACCACACUUCCAGUUUUAUAUUCUGAUCUCUUCCCAGGCUGGUGACAUAUGGAUAGUACCCUCGUGAUGCUGGGCAGUGAGCCUCGCCCUUUUGGCCUUAAGAUCACGAGGGUAACAACAAAUACACUGUCUUUUCACUCAACAAAUGAUGUGAGCUAUUCAACAUUUGAUGAUAAAAUAGGCUUUGUGUUAGAUGAUUUUGCCCAACUGUUAGCUAAUCUAACAGCCACCUAAUGGUUGGGACAUUCCAGGAAGGCUCAGCUAAAUUCUCAUGUUUGGUAGGUUAAUAUAUAUUUUUUUAAGAUUUAUUUUAUUUUUAUGCAUACAAGAACUGGGGUACAGGCCAGAGAUGCAGGGGGUGAGAGGAUUCACCAGAGACAGAGUGGGGAACAGAACAGGCAGACUGAUUGAAGUACACUGCUGAGGGGAGCAGUGGGCGAGUCAGGAGAGGUCUGCUGUGCCAUGUGGUUUGCUCCCUGGCCAGGGAUCAAACUCGCGCUGCAGUGGCUGCGGAUAGCUUCAUAGGUUGCAUCUUAACCCCUUGCGCCACCAGGGAGGCCCGGGGGUUAAUGUAUUUUUGACAUACCAUAUUUUCAAUUCAAUGGAUUUAUUGGACAUAAGCCCAGCAUAAGUUGAGGAAGAUCUGUGCACUCUUCCAAGGUAGUAUCAUUCAUGUCCAUCACUUACCACCUAAGUGCACUUGACCUCCAAGAUGGGGCUUUCUCGCCUUGCCUUUGCUUCUUGGUUUUAGAACAACUCCUUCGACUGUCUCAGGACAUCUUGGUUUGGAUGUUGCACGGGCACUUCAAACAACAUAACAAAACCUGACCUCAUUACUGUCCCCUGCAAACUGCUUCUCCUCUUCUUCACGGAGCACCAUUUUGGGCCUCAUACAGCAAAAGAAACCAUCAGCAAAGUGGAAAAACCUACAGACUGGAAAUGAUAGGAGAUCUGAGGGUGCCCCCUCCCAUCUGUUCCCACAGUGUUUUAUACAGAUCCCAAAUCAUGAAACUUAUCAUUUAAGUUGUACUUAGUUUGCAUUCCUGUUUUUUCACUAAAUGAUAGGAGCCAAGGAGUUUACUUAUCUGUGUAUUCUCAGUAACUAGCACAAAGUAGAUAUGCAUUGAAUUGAUAGAUGAAUAAUUGAUUCACUAGAAUAACUAUAACCCCCCAGCACUGUCAAAUAUUGAUGCUUACAAGGCUUCUUUACUUACUUCCUCCCUCUCCCACCCUAAAUCAAGGCAAACACUUCCAAGCUGGACUGUGCUGUAUCCAGCCAGGCCCAACCACACCUCAAUUAAGCUCUUGGGAGGUAAACUUUCAAAGCAAUCUUUGAAGCUAAUCUUUCAAACAGCCAAGGAAUGUGGUCCAUCAUGAAAGUGGUCUGUUUCCCAGCUGAGAAAAUUCCCUUGUUCUCAGAGGUCUGAGUAAUAAGUAUUAAGUUUAGAUCAUUUCACAGUGCUCCUGUGUUAGAAGCUUCUAGCACCAAGUAGAAGCAGGCACUGUCUGCCAGUGGUCGUGCUGUUCGGCUCUUGUUCUAAACUUUUUUAGGCUGAUACUUAUGCUUUGCUGGGCACCUGAGGAACCAGCCUUAGCUUCACAUGCCUUAGCUCAUCUGACCUGUACAAAGAUCUCACGACCUGGGUCUUGUUAUUAUCCCUGCUUUUACAGAUGAGGACAUUGAGCAAGUCACAGAGGGCUCAAGUCAUUUUCAAAGUCACCCAAUACUUAAAAGGGGUGCAAGUGUUACCCCAUCUUUACACUUAAGAAUUUAAAGCAAAUGAAACCCAUUUAAUUAAGCAAAGGGAUUAUUCACUUGCUCUGAGAUAGACCGAAGUCCAUCUAGAAUUUCCCAUGAUCCUUUUUUCUACUUAAAUCAAGGUCCCCUUUGCUCUUUCAUUCUGGGGACCAUCACCAGCUUAACAGUAUUGGACACGUAAGCUAAUUAGAAUGCAAAACCCGGCCAUCCUGCUGGAAAAAAUUCACCGUGUUAUAAGAAUGCACAGCCAUUCGCAGAGUUUUUCUUUAAAUUAUCUCAUAUCUUGAAAGAGCUUGUCUUUGAGCAAGAAGGUUGUGCACUAUCUGGGACCUUGUUGUAUCACCUGGAAACCCAUGACAUCAGACAGCUGCUGAUCAACCCUGGGAGACCCACACACACACAUCCCUUAUGAGAGCUGGCGGGUCAGUACUCCCACCAGAGCUUCCCCAUCCUGCUCUGAGUGUCAGAUCACAUCUGAGUUUAUUUUAGAAAACAGCAGCCCAGACCUAUGGCUCCACCAUCUCUGGAGCUAAGGCCCAGCAAUCUGCUUUUUAAAGAGUCACUGAGGACUGACCCCAGCCAGGCUGCUCUUCCCACCCCAGGUCAUCUCCUCUGGCCCGUGGCUUCCAGCUGGCCCUACCAGGCUUCUCCUGAGUUCCAAAUGGCUCACUCCACUGCUUCUCUGGCCAGCUGCCUUGGGGUGCCCCACAGGCCCCUCAGAUCUGCAUAACUUUGGGACUUGAGCGUGCCUUUACAAAGUCACUGAGAUCUCAAUUUCCUGAUUGAGACCUCUCUGGAACAACUGAGAAAUAAGGUUCAAAAGUCAGUGGUCAGAAGCCUCUCCAAUAUUACAGAAAAGAGGUCAUCUGGGGGUCAUCUGGAGACAAGAGAUUGGAGAAUGGCUUUCCAGUUUCCUGCCUCCAGGGCAGGCCUCCCAAGGGCGUGCAGAGAGGCCCAGCCCACUCCCUCAGCCGUGAGGAAUGUCCAGGCAGGAGAGAAAGUCUGGACCCCACACUCUGACGAUCCUGUGUGACACGAACAGAGGCUGUUGCUCAAGAAGCAGGCGACUCGCUCCUUGUCAGGCCAGGAGUGAGGAUGGGCGAAGGCCAGCAGGAUGGAGGACAAGGUCCCUUUGCACAAAGCAGAGGAGUGGGGGAGCAGUGUCCCCAUCUGACAGUGUGCCAGUCGGAAAGGAUGGAGCCAUUUUAUUUCUCCCACUCCUGCGUCCCCCAGGAACAAUCCUGUCCUCCCUCCCUCCCUUCCUCCUGCUGGGCCAGCAAGGCUUCCACACUCUCCACGGCAGCCGCUACUUUCUGACAGACAGCUCUCCCAGCCUGUGCUGCAGCCCUUCUCAAAUGAGAAACGAAUCACACCACACCACACACAUGCCUGACAUUCUCUACGGUGAUAGCUGUUUACGUUGUUUUUUUAAAGACUAAGAGACCGAAGAGCAGGCCAGGAAUGGAAAGGGUUUUACUGCGAAAUACAGAGUCCAGGCUGCGGUGAUGAGGUUGGGGGGGGGGCAGGGUAGGCAGGUCUUGUAAACCAAGGGUCCUCGAGGUGUUCCCGCUCCCUGCGGGGAGAGCCAAGUGGAGUGAGCGGAUGCUGCUGGCAUCCAGGCUUAAGAAUCAUAAAAGCCCUGGACUGGCCAGGGUGACUCCUUCUGCAGAGAGGGAGUGUUCAUCUUGAAAUCAGAGCAUCCAAAUUACACAUUGGGAUUGUGGCAUCCAGCUGUUGUCUCAGCAGAAGUCAGAUGGGGAGCAGUCUCUCUCUGUCAUGGAGCAAAACUAAUGUCCUCUGUAGCACACCAGAGGUUGGCAGGACCAGCCUCAGUGCUCAUGACAUACUAAACGCUUACCCUCUACUCUUAAAACCUGAAGCUGGUCGAAGCUGACUCAGUACUCAAUGCCUUCAAUCUCUGCCUCAUGCUGUUUCCAUACACUAGAAUGCCUAUCCUUCCCACCUGGGCUUGUCUGACAAACUUGCCAAUUCUCUUAAAUAUAAGACUCUGACUUUUUCUAGUCCUGCCCCAACUUGGCCACUUCCUCGACCGAACCCUCACUGCACACAGCUCACUUGCAGAACCUACAAUUUAUUGUACUUUUACAUGGAUGCCUCUUUCCUCUUUUUAACCUGAGGUAAAAGACCAGCUGAUUCUGCUUUAUUUUCAGUGUCAUAGGUACUUAAUAAAUCUUCUCUGACUAAACACUCUUUAAGUCCUAUGCAAAGCUCAUUUAACAGCUAUUAGUACAAUUAAGAACACAUUAGUGAUUAUCAAAAGUCAACCUAAUGCCAAGAAAUUGUUGGUAACACGAUGUGAUCUGCUCAGAUUUGCUUAGGAUAGACAAUUGCUAAAAAAAUAGAAACACAAUCUCCUUGGCUCAGUGACAAAGUUUCCCAGGGAGGAUCCUCCCUCACUUUGGGUUAGCACUGUCCCCCAGAAAGACAGCCAUUACGAUGAGAAGCUGAGUGUCCCAGAGGACAGAAGAACAAGCUCUACUCCCUGGGAACAGGAGAAACACACCCAUCUACAUGUCAAUUCACUUAUUUUAAUGCAUCUACAGACUCAAAUGUUUGCAAGGUGAAUUAAGGGCCUCUUUUGAAUUAAUCUGGUAUGAACUCUUUAGAGCAGUUAAGAUUACAAUUCUCUAAGACUAGACUCGAUAAUGAUAACCUUAGCAACUAAAAUAGUUCUAUAUGAUUUAGGUUAUAGCCAGUAAUUUGAGCACUGAGGAUGCUCAUUCAUUCAUUUGAUCAAAGAGUCAAUCAAUGGGCACUUAAAGCUUGUUACCACCUGCAGAUCACAAAAAUGAUUUAAGAUAAAAGAGUUGAGCAAGACGUUAGAAAAAUAAGGUUUAAAGUGCUUGUCAGUUCCACAAAUGCACCAUUUUAUCUGAAAUACUGUGAGUUUUCAGAUACACAGUAACACACUCAGAUGUAAAUACAAAGAACACACCAGAAAGUCAGAGUUUUGGAUUAUUCACGUCAACACUAGCUUUCGAGUAUAAGACGCUCACACAAUGACACCAGCAGGAGAGAGCAGCCUGUCCUGAGUGGGGUCACCACCCACCCCCACAUUCCUACCCACGGCCCCUGUCUCCAUACUGGGUGAGCAGGCAAUGACUUUAACUGGUCCCCUCCUAGUAACCCUCACUCAGCUUCCCUCCUCUGAUAGUUUGUCUGGCAUUCCCCAAAUUCCCCCAGAGUUCUAUAGCUGUAUCAUGGGUAAUGAACGAAAAAGAGGUCUUUGGUUUACAU